CUUGGCUGUCAAACCAAUCGCAUGUCUCUUUUUGGCCAGCUCUAUCCCAUUGUGUGCGUGUGUUCCUUUCGCUACCGACGGAUACAACUGAUUCUGAAAAUUAGUGUAAAUCAUUAAUUAGGAUACAGACUAGGCUACCUGCGCCGGAAAACCGUGAUCAAUCGCCGCCAUCGAGGAAUAUGUCUUUCCUUUUCCAUUUCGGAGAUCUGCUGUUGGAUGGCAAAGACCCUGUCGACGAUAGCGUCGAUAAAAUUCAUCGACGUUGCACCAUCGUCUUCUUGCUGUUGCUCUCUCUUCCACUGUUCACGAAGCAGUUUGCGGGCGAGCCGAUUGAGUGCUUCACGCCCACUUAUUUCACGGAAGCCCAGUCACGCUACGUCAAUUCUUACUGUUGGACCGUUUCGACUUUCUACCUGGACCAAGGUCAACAGCAAUCGCAGCAACCGCCUUCAACGAGCGGCAAUGGCGAUGCUAAGAGAACGGCAUACGAUGCCGAUGGUGGCGAUGCCAGAGUGCAUUCAGUUGAUUAUAUGGACGAAUAUGAGAUUCCAUUGUCAAUUCAGCAGGGAAGCCAACGAGUACAGGUGAAAGUCAAUUACUACCAAUGGGCGCCGAUGAUAUUACUGGGCAAAGCCAUCACAUUCUACGUGCCCUUCGCCAUCUGGAAAUCUCUGGCACGUCGAAGAGGCAUCUCUCUUCGACAGCUCAUGAAACGCAUCACGCGUUUAAGUGAAAUCAGUCCAAGUCAUCCCGAUCGAUGCAAUCUGCUGCACGAAAUCUUGGAACAAUUCCAUUUCCUGGUGAGCGCGACCAACAGGCAAUCGGGCGCCGCGAAUAAAGCACCACGCACAGCCUCUCAUCCCGUCAGGCUAACUAUGCAACAAAGUCAGCUGUUCAUAACGUUCCUCUUCAUCAAAAUUCUCUACUUGCUCAACGUUCUACUUCAGUUCUACUUGCUAGUGACCUUUCUCGGUGACGAUUACCUGACGCACGGCUUGGAAAUUGUGAGACACUUGUGGACGAAAAGGACGUGGUGGACCAGCCCACGUUUCCCCCUUCAAACGUUGUGUUCUGUGAGAGCUGCCCAGCAAGGAUCGCUUCGUUUAUACCAGUGCCAUUGUGUCCUGCCCAUUAAUUUAUUCAACGAAAAGAUCUGUUCGAUUUGGUGGUUCUACAUUGUGGCGCUCCUACCCCUGACUAUCACAAGUUUGGCAGUUUGGUGCUACAGGAAUGGCUUGAUUUCUGUUCGCACGGAAUUUGUUGAACAUUAUUUACUAACCAACAUGAAUAACGACGAAGAAGAUGACAAUCGGCGACGCGAUUGCCGUUCUUUUACCAUCGAUUAUUUGGGUUGUGAUGGAGUUUUCGUCCUACGUUUGAUCGAGAUUAACCACGGCAGCACCACGCUCAGGACGAUCGUCAGGGAACUCUACAAACGCAGAAGAUCCAGCCAAUACGUUGUCCGAACGCCGGAACCCGGUAAUCCAGCCCUUGUUCCUACCGUUGCCGUUGCUAUACCACAGCUACAGACGUACACGCCGAUCAGUUCUCGGUUGACGGAAGGCCAACCCAAGAUACAUCCGUCUAGUCCAGGUGCCCAGCCGUUGUCUCGGCGAUUGAGUGGCAUCGCUUCGCGGCCAGCACCUUUCCAACGGAUGAGAUCAAGGCUUUCACUGCAGGGCCAUUCAGUCCACUCGAUGAGUGUCGCAUAAUUGAUUAUCUCUUUUAUUGUUUGUGAUAAUUGAAAUUCACAGAGGAAUGUGGAUUCGAUCUGGCGGAUUCGAAUAAGCUUUCCAAAGGACAUUCGAGAACAUUGAUUUUCUCUUAGCCACAGCGCAUUUUUUCAACCACUGCUGGAAAAUAACUAAUUGCUCGAGAAUAUUGGGUUCACUUUCAAUUUAAAUUAGGCUAUAUUAAAUGGUGAAGCGAAGCCUUGUGCAUAAUUAGUCAGGGGAGCGUGUUCUCUUUCUUUGACUCAAUGAAACUUUCAUUGUCUAUUCCCUCAAUAGGUUGAUGCGUGUCACAGAGUGUUGUAAAUAUCUUUGCUAUUGGCUGGAAUACACUGUGUAUAUGGUCA